UAAAAAAAAUUAAAAAAAAAAGCAGAGACUUUUACAGAGAGAAAAAUAAAAGAAGAACAAAGAAAGGUCAAACUUGACCGGUGGCUCCGGUCAAUGGGUUGAUAAACCUCUCUCUCUCUACAACUCCUACCCCUUCUCUCUAAAAUUCUCAUUCAAUUUCUUUCUUCUUCUCUCUCCAUCUCUCUCUUUCUCCCUCUUAAAUUCUUUUGGCUUGGAUCGUUAAAAGGGUUUUUGUAGAAGAGAAAAAACCAGGCCAUAGUAGAUUUUGAGGUCUGUUUGGUUACAGAACCUGAAUUGGGUAUAAGAAAUUUUCCUUAGUUGUUUCUGGGUUUUAUUCCAAGUUUGGUUGAAGAGAAAAUGGCACAGCAACGGUCACAUGUACCAAAGUUUGGUAACUGGGAAAAUGAAGAUAAUGUUCCAUACACCGCCUAUUUUGACAAGGCUCGAAAGGGCCGAACAGGGGCUAAGAUGAUUAAUCCAAAUGAUCCCGAAGAGAAUCCAGAUGCUUACUCAUCUUCAGCUGAUACUUCUCUUACUAAAGGCAAUGCUGAUGGUGGUAAACCAGUAGAGCAGCCUGUUGUAGUGAAAACAACUCAUGAAAGGCAUAGAAGCAAGGAGGAUAAUGAUUUAAGGCAAUUCUCAAAUUCCCCGGGACAUCAUAACAACACCGCUCGUAGGGCCAGCAAUGACUUAUCGAAUCAACGUCAUGUUGGAGGUGUUGGUGGUGGUGGUGGUCGUGGAAGACCUGCAAGACCAAGUGUUGGAUCCGAACAAAGUAUUGAAAAGUCGCCUCUUCAUCGCCAAGCGAGGGCUGCAGGAAGAGAUUCACCAUCUUGGGAAGGAAAGAGUUCUUAUGAAGGUAGCCAUGGUACUCCUGGAAGAUCUAGAUUGAGACCUCGCAGCGAUGAUACUCCUGAUCAUGGUGCUGCUGUUCCGAAAUUCGGGGAGUGGGAUGAAACAAACCCUGCAUCAGCUGAUGGUUUUACUCACAUAUUUAACAAAGUCCGCGAAGAGAGGCAGACUGGAGCAGGUAGAGUUGGCACACCCGAGCCAUCUUACCCCCAUCGGAGGCCAGAUUCUAAUGAUGCUGCCAAGGGCUGCUGUUUCCCAUGGUGCAGAAAAUAGUGUCUGUAAUAUUUUUCCUGGCUGGUUGUUAUAAGGUGUCAAUGACACCAAUGUGUAUAUAUAUAUAUUAAUAUAUAUCUUUGAAGAGCUCAAUCUCCCAGAGGAGUAACUUCUAUGAAGUCUCAUUCAGUUUCUCAAAGUGUGUUGGUUUUGUAUUAAUGAAAUAUUCAAUUCUGAUUUGGAUACACCUCCUCAUCUAUUCUUCUUCUUCUUCACAUUUAGCUGGUUUUGCUGUGAUUACUAUUUUGAUUAAGUUUUUUUCUUUUGGUUAUGAUAUUUGAGUGGGAAAGACCAGAGUAAUAGAUUCUUUUAAUUCAUUCUAAAUGUAUGGCUACUAAUAUUGGUCUGGUUUAGUGUUAUUGAUGCUAUUAUGUUUAUAUACUUAAAAGAGCCUAUAACAUUGUUGUUUUA